UAACAACAACAAGGACAGGUAGAUUUCAAAUGUGUUCAGUGAGUUUGGCCCGAUUUUACGACCUCGCUUGCCACAAUUGUGAAGUGACUCGCUGCAGUUGCUCAAUUAGUAACACGGUUGUUAAAUGAAACUGCCUUCCCCGUGGUUUUUGCUUGUCAGAAAGUCGCAAAAGGAGAUCACGAGACCCCAGGACCCUGCAAACGGUCAUAAAUACAGUACGAGCCAGUUGCCAACGUCUGAAUUUCAAUCAUGUGACCAGGAGGAUGCUUCAAUGAGAAAUAAACUGUUUGGCAAUGGUUUGCAAUAGCUUGGAAACCAUACCUAUAGGGUGAUGGUUUGGAAAAUUAAUCAUAAAUGCCAGAGUGCAACCUUAAACGGCAUUAACAGUCUGGAACAAUUAGGCCAAAGUUCAGAGUACCGUACAGUAAAAGAAAUCAGGUUUGCAAUGUGAAGUGUUGUGAAGGAAACAGUGUGCACAAUUGUUGAUAAAUUUCUACCUGUCAGGUAAUAUAAUCUUCUAAUCUAGCCGAAUAUGCAAUUUGGAUGUUGCAAUAUUUCUAACUGGCCAUCUUAAGCUACACAAUAGUCCCAAUGGUUUAUUGUGAAUUUGUUUUUUUAAAAAAUAUGAAAAUUUGCCUUUUCCACUUUGAAACCGACCUGAAACUGACUUAAAAUGGCAGGAUGUGACAACAGCUGUGUUUUCAUUGCAUCCAAAGCCAAGAAAUCAGGGCUGGGACUCAUAAGUUAAAAACCCAGUACCGUGUGACAAUUUAGAGAAUAAAAACCUUGGAUUAAAUGAAUCUAUGUCUCGGAUGUUGCAUCAUCAAUCAAGAGAGCCAGGAAAAGGGAAAGGUUUGAGCCCUACUUGAAGAAAGUCCUUUAUAUAAAGCAUUUCAUAAACAAUGUAUUAUCGCAAAUUAAAGCUAUGCCUUUUAAGUGACAGGCUGUUGUUCAAAGUGAAGGAGAGAUGUUUUCAGAUCAGCUAUACACCUUUGAAGGACAGGAAAGAAGAAAAACAUCACAAUAGAAAAAUGAAGACUUUCUUAAGACUUCACCCUAAUGCUUUUGCCUACUCGAUGACCACGUUAGGCGCUGGAAUGAUGAACAGCAUCUUCAAUUUCUAUUAUGUUAAACUCUUUUUAAACAAGUACAAGAUCUCAGAAACGGCAUUCCAUCAAGGACAGGUGGUUUUCAUGAUCUGGAAUGCCAUCAAUGACCCCCUUUUUGGGUACCUCCAGGACAACUCUCAAGUUCCUUGCUGUUCCCGCCGUCAGUUUUCGAUUUUGUAUGGUGCUCCCUUGUACGCCCUGGCCUUCCUCCUCCCGUGGUUUCCGUGGAAACAAUACGAGGAAGGCGACUGGCUCUGUGGGCUGCAUCUGAUUGUGGCCUUGUGCGCCUUUGACGGCCUGCUCACGUUCGUCUUGCUGGCGCAGUGCGCCCUUUUCGCCGAAACCUCCACCCGCCACGAGAGUCGCCUCCAGCUGAUUAAGUACAGCCAGGUGGCCAGCUUGGUUGGGUCGACCAGCAUCCUGUUCUGUGGUUUGAUCUCGGCCAACAUGGAGCGCUUUGCCUACUUCCAGGCCUUCGCGGUGCUGGUAGCGGUGAUUGCGACGGCUUGCAUGUCCUACACCGGCUUCUACAGCACGACUCAGUACGAACAAAGGGAAGUCCUGAUGGAGGGGCUUGAUCCAGAAAGCACCAAGAUCCCUCCUCUCUCUUGGUCCUCGGUGUUCUCGUUGACCUGCCAGAUCUUGACUCAGAAAAACUUCCUGCUUUUUGUCCUCAUGAAUUUUUUCCAAGUCUUCCACUUAGCCUUCUGCAACAAUUUCAUGAUGAUCUUUGCAGAUAAUCUCAUCCCUAACGGAGUCCUUUCUUCCUCCAUCAGAAGCCUUAUGUACGGGGCAGGUUUCAUUUGUCCACAAUGUCUUGUGCUCAUCAGUCAGCCCUUGUUGGUGAAAUUUGGUUAUUACAAGCUUGUCUUAUUUUCUUUCUAUCUGGAAGGAAUAACUGCAAUUCUCAUGCUUGCUCUGGGUCGAGAAUAUUACUACUUACUGGCUAUUUAUCUCACGGUCAACAUGGUGAUGGUUCAAGCAUCCUUCAGUUUGUUUAAUUUACCAUUGGCCGAUAUUGUUGAUGCAGAUUUAAAGAAACAUAAACGAAGAUCUCCACUCUCAUCGAUGGUCUUUGGAACCAAUGCUCUCUUUACAAAACCAGCUCAGUCCUUAGCUCCUAUGCUUGUGGUUUCGGUACUAAAUCAAUUUGGCUAUGCAGAUCUGAAUAGUAAAGCCGUCGAUCCUGAUUCACCUCUCUACUUAGGCCUCCAAGAUGCCAUGUUCUACAUGAUCUGUCUGGUCCCUCUUUGCAUUGCGGCGAUACAGAUCCUGACCUGGACCCCCUUUUCCAUCCAGAAUACUCAUCUGACCCCAAUACUAUGAACUGUAAAUGGGAGCCUUGCUGAACGGUGUUUAAUUGACAGGUGUCAAUGGGCAAGCAAGCACACUGGAUUUUCCUAACUCUCUGAACCAGCCAAUCAAAUGCAGCCUGUGCCAUUUUGUGAUCAUCUGUAGUUUUAAAUCUUUACCAUACUUUAUUGUGAAGUAGGAAUCUUGUUUUUAGUUCCAUUGAUAUACCAGGUAAAUGGAGACAAAUGAAACCUUGAAGGUAAACUGGAUGCAUACUCUUUAAGUUUUUAUCCCACCUUAACACUCAAGGGAUAAAUAAAAUGCCUCCUUUUAAGGCCAAAGAGAGAGAGAGAGAGAGAAAUGAAAAUAACUGCAGGAUGGGGCACCUAAAUACCAUUCCACCAUGAAUGGUUGUUUGAAGUUUGAAGCAGACAAGGAAAUCUGGAGGGCUGCAUAAACUAAGCCUGACAAUAUCAUAGAAGCUGCUGCUUUAUAGAGAGAGCAGUACUGAUAUAUUUAUGUUCCAAAGGGCAGUGGUGAUUUGCCACAUCACAAUGUAGUUUUGUCAGUGGUGGCCAAGUGGGAACUGUAGCAACACCUGGUGGAAAAAUUGAAGUGAAGGGCAGACAUUUUUGUACAAACCUGAUGGAAAGGCUUAAAAGCAGAAGGAAAGCUUGCUUUCUCAAAACGUUUUCUCAAGCUGUCAAACUUAAAAUUGAGUUUCCAGAGUCAUAAGAAAAAUAUCUGUUGGGAAAGUGGGCCUGGGGUUUCUUAAGUGCCAUGCCAAUAAUCGUUGUGUUUACUUAUAUCAUCAGAUUUCUGUAUUUGUAUUUGAUUUUUUUUUUCUGCCUUAUUUUAAAAUGGGAUUUGGGAUUUCUUUUUAUACAAGUCUUCCAUUUUUACUAUUUCAAUCGUAUUUGUAAUGAGCAGAAAACAAAUUUUGCUUGAUAGGGUGAAGUCUGAAUUAUGCCAGAAUAAAUUGUACCAUCCUUUGCCCAAUGGA